AUGUCAGAAUCAAUAGCGUUUACCGUCGAGUUCACAGGUGGUCUCGAGAUACUCUUUGGCAACGAGCGCAAACAUAAAGUGACACUGCCGGCUCAACUGGUCAAUGGGACCCGGCCCAACAUCUCCUAUCUGCUGCAGUACCUGGUAAACAAUCUGAUGAAGGAUCAAAGGAAGGAGCUCUUCGUGCUAGAGGACAAUGUACGACCGGGGAUCCUCGUCCUCAUCAACGACGCAGACUGGGAGCUAGAGGGUGAGGAAAAUUAUGAGAUUCAACAAGGGGACAACAUUGUAUUCGUAUCUACGCUACACGGAGGAUAG